UUAAACUAUUUUAUUUUUAAAAUUUUAAGCGUAGUUUAUUUCAUACAAUUCUCUUAAUACUAAGCCCCUCUACGUCUUUAUGUUGUUGUUUUUAAGAUUAUGUAACAGUUAUGCAAUUAUCACUGUCCAUUGGUCAUAAGUUAUAGGUCACGUGACCCCUUAUCUUUCGAUGGUUCCGGACAGCGUCAGUACCAAGCUAUUAUUUACCUUCUUUAUCAAACGGAUUUCUCUUUAAAUAUCGAUCAUCCGGAUUUAUUGAUUGUGUAUAUACUUCCAGUGAACUUUAAUGAUAUUAUAAUCGAUGUUAUUUUUGGACGAUGACUUUCUGUUUUUUGGUGAAUGACGGAUUUUAAUCGAUCGUUUGUGAAGAACAAUGGCGACCAGAAAAAGUUCCAAGAGACAGAAAACUUCAGGCAACUCUCUUGACAUGAGUAAUUAUUUAAAUUGGCCUGCCGGUACCCUAAGAGAAAAACUGUUAGAAGUGAAUAUAAGUGCCGCUUCAAACUUCCCUAUAUCUGUUUUAAGAAAAUUGUAUGUGGAUAAUGUAUUAGGUAACGCGUCUACAGAUGAAAUCCGGACCGUUCCUGUUGUUUCUACAGACAAUGCUGUUCAAUCGAGCCUUCCAUCGACUAAUCAGCAAAGUCCACCAAGCUCAACGCAAUUCGCCGAACAGCCAAGUUCAUCAAGCUCACUGCUAUUAUCCGAACAAGCCUCUACCGACAACACGACUUUGGGUAUACGUACGACUUACCAAAACAGUGCGACUUCCGGUUCGCAAAACCCAUCAACAACUGACUCCAGUUCCCCAGCAGUUAUCGAGUCUUUAGUACACACAGUACAGAGUCUACAGACUAUGGUUUCUAGUCUAACUUCACUGAUCACGACUAAGGAAACCAACCUGAAGAGUUCUCCUGCUUUUAACUUGCAGGAGUACUAUAAGUCGGACGUAAUCAGUCAUACAUCGAGGAAAUUCGGAACACACCCCGAAGACCUGCCCCAAAUGGAAUUGAUUUCAAACUCCUUAAGGAAGCAAAUACUAGAAGAUGAACAAAUUCAGAAGACUGGCUCCCCAAGCAGACAGACUACCUCAUCCCUGCCCACCCAUGGUGGAUAUUCUCUGGAACCCUCCCACAGAAUUAAAGAGCUGAUGAAAGACUCCGUGUCUGGUUCAACUAGAGCUACGUAUAAUUCCGGUUAUCAAGCCUUUCUAAAGUUUAACCGUAUGAACAACCUGUGCGACAAUGUGUCAGAAUCUACUUUAAUGCAAUUCGUCACCUACUGCUACGAUUCCAUGCAUCUGUCGUACCAAACCAUCAAAAUUUAUCUAUGUGGGAUCCGACAUCAUCUUACCCUGCUUAGUAAACAUAAUCCAUUCACCGAUUCAGCAGAAAAUCUACCAAGAUUGCACAUGCUACUGAACGGAAUUAAAAGACAAAGUCAAUCUUUCCAACCAAGCCGACAACCGAUUACUUUCCCAGUAUUAACUGACUUGUGCAACAUACUUCAAAAUGGAGUUUUUUCAAAAUACAUGGAUACGUUGAUGACAACAGUGUGUGUAGUCGCUUUCUUUGGUUUCCUUAGAUGUGCAGAAUUUACAUGCAAAACAUCUUUUGACCCUUUCGUGAAUCUGUGUUUAAAUGAUGUGCAAUUUUACAACGACCAUGCUGUUCUUUUUCUUAAACAAUCCAAGACCGAUCCUUUUCGAAAAGGAGUUGCAAUCAAGUUGUUUAAAAAUCAUACCAAGUUGUGUCCGUUCGAACAACUAAAGAGCUACUUGUAUGCAAGAAACAUCAUUUUCGAUCCAAAAGUGCAUAUUCCCUUGUUCAUAACAGAGAAUGGAAGUGCCCUCAAUAGGUGUAACUUUUUGUCUAUGCUGAAGGAAAUUGUAAAGCGCACCAACCAUGCCGACAGCCACAUCACUGGACAUUCAUUCCGUAUCGGUGCUGCCUCAUCUGCAGCAAAAGCGCGUAUCGAAGAUCAUCUCAUCAAAUCCUUAGGAAGGUGGACUUCUGAUUCUUAUGUGCGAUAUAUUAGAACACCAGACUCUGCUAUUAAACAUGCUCAACAGUCUAUGAUCCAUGUCAGCUGACUAAGUGCCUGAACAUGUAAACCUUGUUAUUUAGCACUUUCAAGAUUACGUUCUUAUUGUAUAUUGUAAACUACGUAAUACCAUUAUUACUUUACCUGUUUAAAUUCUGUGUUUUUUAUACUGUAAUACAUACACUAUAUAUCUCGCAAAGUCUUUGUUUUAUUCGUAUGUAUUACCAUGGCGUAAACGUUAUAAAUACUUAUGGGGCACUCAGUCACUCAUGUUUACUAAUCGUUCCUGAGUUUUGGCCUUAUUAUUGUCAUAAUUUCCCCACUAAGAAUUUAUAAUCAGCUAAAACUUGCAUAGUUGUACAUUUUAUAGCAGAGUUUACAACUUCCGUUGUUGCAGUACACACGUACUGGGGAAUUUCUACCAUGUGGAUCUUCCAACUCUGUCUUGCUGGGUUCAACAAUUUUCGUUGUGGCGAUGUCUCAUACAUCGGGAAGAUUCUUCCAUGAGGAUUCUUCAAUCCAGCAAGUCUCUCUACUUAUACAUGGGUGACUGAGCCAGUUUUGUCCAAUAUUUUAUGUUUGCUAUAUGAUUUUUUAUGUAUGCCUGUUGUAUGUGUUUUAACUAUCCAAUUGUCAUCUUUCUAUGCCGGAAUGUUUAGAUAAACUAUUCUGAAUCUUCAUACUUUUGUUUUGUAUUGUAAAUAAAUUGUAGCUUAAACUAUUUUAUUUUUAAAAUUUUAAGCGUAGUUUAUUUCAUACAAUUCUCUUAAUACUAAGCCCCUCUACGUCUUUAUGUUGUUGUUUUUAAGAUUAUGUAACAGUUAUGCAAUUAUCACUGUCCAUUGGUCAUAAGUUAUAGGUCACGUGACCCCUUAUCUUUCGAUGGUUCCGGACAGCGUCAGUACCAAGCUAUCCACCACCAUCCCCGCCUCUCUUCCAAAACAAAUACGCCAUGGUAAUGCCUAACUGGUUCAGCUCCAGCAUACUCUUAUUUGUCAGCCUUAUUAUUGUCAUAAUUUCCCCACUAAGAAUUUAUAAUCAGCUAAAACUUGCAUAGUUGUACAUUUUAUAGCAGAGUUUACAACUUCCGUUGUUGCAGUACACACGUACUGGGGAAUUUCUACCAUGUGGAUCUUCCAACUCUGUCUUGCUGGGUUCAACAAUUUUCGUUGUGGCGAUGUCUCAUACAUCGGGAAGAUUCUUCCAUGAGGAUUCUUCAAUCCAGCAAGUCUCUCUACUUAUACAUGGGUGACUGAGCCAGUUUUGUCCAAUAUUUUAUGUUUGCUAUAUGAUUUUUUAUGUAUGCCUGUUGUAUGUGUUUUAACUAUCCAAUUGUCAUCUUUCUAUGCCGGAAUGUUUAGAUAAACUAUUCUGAAUCUUCA